UUUUAGUUUGUGUGGGCCGCGCGCAGAACGCGUCAGUCGUCGCGGAUGCUCGUUGUUUCUACUCGUGUCCUUGUUCAUGGUGUGACUUUAGAAAUCCGGUUCUGAUUCUGCUGCUCCUUGUUUCUGCGUUUCGGCCACAUAAAGUUCGUGUUCGGGUACAGUUCGGCUGAAUGGCGUCCGGAGGCGCUGCGGUUCCGCCGCAGGUCGGAGACGUCGAGGAAGACGCGUCGCAGCUUCUCUUCCCCAAAGAGUUUGAGAACGCGGAGACGCUGCUGAACUCGGAGGUCCACAUGCUGCUGGAGCACCGGAAGCAGCAGAACGAGAGCGCCGAGGACGAGCAGGAGCUCUCCGAGGUCUUCAUGAAGACGCUGAACUACACCGCCCGCUUCAGCCGCUUCAAGAACCGAGAGACCAUCGCCAGCGUCCGCAGUCUGCUCCUGCAGAAGAAGCUCCAUAAGUUUGAACUGGCCAGUCUGGCCAACCUGUGUCCUGAGGCGGCAGAGGAGGCCAAAGCCCUCAUUCCCAGUCUGGAGGGACGCUUUGAGGAUGAAGAGCUCCAGCAGAUUCUGGACGACAUCCAGACCAAGAGAAGCUUCCAGUACUGAAGGAGGACCGGUCUGGACCUGCCGGCUCCACCGGAUCACAACCACCACUUUUUUUUAUAAAGGACUCAGAACCCGGCAGGGAACAACAGAACAUUUGAAUCAGUGUUUCCUGCACCCCAUCGCUCGUCUGUUUCUGGUUGGCUCUGACACAACGGGACCGCCGGCCUGUUUGGGUUUCACUUUAAGAUUCAUGUGGCGUUAUCAUCACUCAUUCAAGAAAACUGGGAACUAAGGGGGCGUCCGGGUAGCGUGGCGGUCUAUUCUGGUGCCAACCAACACGGGGAUCGCCAGUUCAAAUCCCUGUGUUACCUCCGGCUUGGUUGGGCGUCCCUACAGACACAAUUGGCCGUGUCUGCGGGUGGGAAGCCGGAUGUGGGUAUGUGUCCUGGUCGCUGCACUAGUGCCUUCUCUGGUCGGUUGGGGCGCCUGCUCGGGGGGGUGGGGGAACUGGGGGGAAUAGCGUGAUCCUCCCCCGUGCUACGUCCCCCUGGUGAAACUCCUCACUGUCAGGUGAAAAGAAGCGGCUGGUGACUCCACAUGUAUGGGAGGAGACAUGUGGUAGUCUGCAGCCCUCCUGAAUCAGCAGAGUGGGUGGAGCAGCGACCGGGACGGCUCAGAAGAGUGGGGUAAUUGGCCGGAUACAACUGGGGAGUAAAAGGGGGGGGGACUGGUAACUUUGAAUUGUUCUGACUGCCACGUGUCUCUUUGUAGAGACAAGAGACACUCCUGUAGAGCUGUGUGAUAUGAUGAUUUAUUCUGAACCUAAAUUCAGGUUUUCAUGAAGUCGCCGUUUUACAACCAUGCCACAUUCCUUUGUUUCCAAUAAA